UCGAGCUGGACGACCUGGCGCAAGAAAACGAGCGGAUGCAGAACAUUAUCCGGCAGUUAUCAUAUGUAAAAACGUCCCCACCCCAUAGUCAAGCUGGGAAAUUAGCAACACAAAUCUAGAAGUUUUGGGAGCCACGCAUGACACGUUGCAGUUCGUAGUGUAGUGCAGGCUCGUAAGGACAGCGGCGUCACAAAUCCAUCCGCUCAUCCUGUUCCCGGCAGUACAAAUCCCAAAACACACCUAGAAAUGCCUCUCAUGGGGACCCGCAUUACAAAUGUUUCUGUAGAUGCAAAUCUGCAUGACAACUGUUGGGUGGGGACGUUUUUACUCAGGAUAGCAGUUGGUAGAACAGAGCCAUGUGGUGCGACGGGCCAAGGAGCGCGAGGUGAUCAAAUUUUUCCAGCUUGACGACCUUACCGGGGACGCUGACAGUGCCUUUUUUGAUCAAGAUUUGGUGGAAGCAAUGCUUUUCGGGUCGUCGUUUCCGGCAGGCGAAGAUGAUGAUGAGGUUGAGCAGGAGGUUUUUGGGGAACACGCCGAGAAGACAACAGGAUCCGAAGACGUGGUGGC